UUUAAAUAAAAUGACAAUUGUACCCUAAACCAAUACCUUUGUCUUCCCAACCAAGACAGAAUAAUCUUGGACACUUGUCUUACUCCACCAAUCGUCGAAUUGAAUUCCAUAGACGACGAUUCACAAAAGGGGUUUUGAGUUCUUUGCAUAAACAAACACAAUGGUUUCGUAUCCCGCUACCACCGAGACUAUCUCUCUAGCUCUAGAAGCCAACAGCUCAGAGGCUAUCCAGAUACUCUACCAGGUCUUGGAAGACCCUUCUUCAUCUCCAGAGGCUCUCCGUGUCAAGGAGCAAGCCAUUACUAACCUCUGCGACCGUCUCACCGAAGAGAAGCGAGGCGAGGAUCUCCGCACGCUCUUGACCAAGCUGAGACCUUUCUUUUCCCUAAUCCCCAAGGCCAAGACGGCCAAAAUCGUCAGAGGAAUCAUCGACGCCGUGGCCAAGAUACCCGGAACGACUGAUCUCCAGAUCACUCUCUGCAAGGAGAUGGUGCAGUGGACCCGCGCCGAGAAGCGUACUUUCCUCAGGCAGCGUGUGGAGGCGAGGCUCGCUGCUCUUUUGAUGGAGAACAAGGAGUAUGUUGAGGCUUUGGCGUUGCUGAGUACUCUGGUGAAAGAGGUUAGGAGGUUGGAUGAUAAGCUUCUUCUCGUUGACAUUGACUUGCUUGAGAGCAAACUUCACUUCUCGUUGAGGAACUUACCCAAGGCGAAAGCUGCGCUCACCGCAGCUAGGACUGCUGCUAACGCUAUCUAUGUUCCGCCGGCGCAGCAAGGUACUAUUGAUCUGCAGAGUGGGAUUCUUCACGCUGAGGAGAAGGAUUACAAAACCGGAUACAGCUACUUCUUUGAAGCCUUUGAGUCUUUCAACGCUCUUGGAGAUUCGAGAGCUGUUUUCAGUUUGAAGUACAUGUUGUUGUGCAAGAUCAUGGUCAGCCAAGCUGAUGACGUUGCGGGAAUCAUCUCCUCAAAGGCGGGACUCCAGUACGUUGGCCCUGAUCUUGAUGCCAUGAAGGCGGUGGCUGAUGCUCACUCGAAGAGGUCGUUGAAGCUGUUUGAGAACGCGCUACGUGACUACAAGGCGCAGCUGGAGGAUGACCCGAUUGUCCACAGGCAUCUCUCUUCUCUUUAUGAUACGCUUUUGGAGCAGAACCUCUGCCGUUUGAUCGAGCCCUUCUCACGAGUUGAGAUAGCUCACAUUGCGGAGUUGAUUGGGUUGCCUGUUGACCAUGUGGAGAAGAAGCUGUCUCAGAUGAUUCUUGACAAGAAAUUUGCGGGUACUUUGGAUCAAGGAGCUGGGUGUCUCAUCAUAUUCGAAGAUCCAAAGGCGGAUGCGAUCUACUCGGCUACUCUUGACACCAUUGCAAACAUGGAGAAGGUCGUUGACAGCCUUUAUGUCCGGUCUGCCAAAAUCAUGGCUUGAAUGAGUGAUUGAGUUCGUCGUUCUAUCUAUUUCUUUACUCCCUUUUUCGGUUUCUUAGUUAAUCGUUUGGACUCGAAAGAAACUGAUGCUUCUCAAUGGAGAAAGUGAAACUGUUUGGAUCGUUCCCAUUACAGAUGCAUGUAUUUGUCUUUACUGCUUAAAAUUUUUAGGAUUUGCUUUACGUAUGGAUGUUGCAGUUUCCUUCUCUUUCAA